AAUCCACCCGUUACUUCUUCCAAGCCCCUUAAAAUAUUUAUUCAAGAAACUUUGUCCUAUUUUUAAACCCUAAAGUUUGACCAGUUGGAGUUAUUUGAAUUCUUUCAUUUCAUUUCCACACCCUGAAUUUCAUGCUCUCAUGUCAGUAUUUGUGUAACUGUAUACGUGUUGUUUUGUAUGUGUGGUAUCUGUUAUAGCCCGCCAAAUGUUGGAUGAAAUGCUUAUGUUACUGAGAGUGUCUUUUUAAUUGCUCAAUGGACAUGGCUCAUGAUGAAGAUUUAGCAGCUAGUUUCAGCAGUUCAAAGUCUUUUAUGGAGUGUUAUUUGGAUAAACUGAAGGUACCGUCUUCACCCGGAACUCCAACUUCAGUUCUCCCAGAUUUUUCGAGCAUGAAAAGUGGCGAAGAUUGCUCGAUAGCUAGAGCGAUCAAGAAGUUAAGUCCGAUUGAUGUAAAACGAUUGUCUAUCCACAUGUACUCCCAUGUAAACCGACAAGUUUCUAACAAUCACAUGGAAGAACCGAAGAGGGAUUAUGUCGCGUUGGUGGACGACGCUGAGUUAAGUCCUGUUGAAGAUUAUGUCGCGUUGGUGGACAACGUUGAGUUAAGUCCUGCAGAAGAUCUGCAAUCGACUAUGGUCCCAACAACACCACCACUUGUAGUUAGAAGAAGUAAUGUAAUAACAUCAAUGUCACCAUCACCGCCUCCAUCAGAUUCAAGUAGUACGAAAAGUUUACUACCUCCACCACCCCCAAUGAAGGCAAGUUGUUUAGGGACACCACAACCACCUCCUCCGCCGCCUCCACUACCCUUGAGAAGCCGAUCACUUCAUAUAGUGAUACCCCCUCAACCUCCUUUACCACCACCCCCACCCAUAAUGACAAGUAAUGUCACAAAAUCACUGCCACCUUCACCACCCUCAUUGGCUUCAAGUAGUAGUAAAAUGCCACUACCACCUCCACCGCCCUCGAUGAGUGGAACCCAUGUAGCUAAUCCAGAGCAACCUCCUCUGCCACCACCCAUGGGCGUACCCCCGCCACCACCAGCUCCAAUGACACCAAGAAGCAUACCACCGCCACCACCAACUCCCACGACACCAAGAAACAUACCGCUGCCACCACCACCAUUUCAACAAGGAAAAGCAGGUGCACCACCACCACCUCCUCUUGUUGGUCCAACGCGUUCUCUACGAGCCAAACCAACUACUAAACUUAAGAGAUCAUCUCAAAUGGGAAGUCUCUACCGCCUUCUCAAAGGGAAGCUUGAAGGGUCCAAUUUAGAUGGUAAAUCUCUUAAAAGGACCGGCAGCAAACUUGGGGCUGCUUCUAAUGGUAACGGAAAGCAAGGAAUGGCCGAUGCACUAGCCGAGAUGACAAAAAGAUCAUCAUUCUUUAUUCAAAUUGAAGAGGAUGUCAAAAACUAUGCAAAUUCAAUCAAAGAGGUGAGAACCGCCCUGAGUUCGUUCCAAACAACGGACAUGGAUGAGCUUAUUAAGUUCCACAAAUAUGUGGAAUCGCAUAUGGAGAAACUUACUGAUGAAACGCAGGUUCUAGCAAGGUUUGAAGAUUUUCCUAGUAAAAAGUUGGAGGGAUUGAGAAUGGCUGCAGCAUUGUAUGCCAAAUUGGAUGCUAUAGCUACUACUUUGCAGAAUUGGAAGAUAGAGUCUCCUGUGAACCAGCUAAUUGAUAAAGUUGAGAAUUAUUUCAACAAGAUCAAAGGAGAGUUGGACACUCUAGACCGAACAAAAGACGAAGAACUCAAGAAAUUUAAAAGUCAAAACAUCCAUUUUGACUUCACAAUUCUUGUAAGAAUCAAAGAAUUAAUGGUGGAGGUUUCCUCAAACUGCAUGGAAUUGGCAUUAAAGGAAACAAGAGAACCAACAGCAAAAGAACACCAAGACAAUGGGCUAAAAUGUCAUAGCAAGAAAAGCGGGUCGGGUAAAACUCUUUGGAAGGCCUUUCAAUUUGCAUUUCGGGUCUAUACAUUCGCAGGUGGACAAGAUGAUCGGGCUGACUUCUUAACGAGGGAACUUGCUCAAGAAAUACAGACCGACUCUCACAAGUAGUAGUGAAAGUUCUAGUAAGAUCUAGAACUUUGGUCAAAUCCGAUAUGUAGUAGUAUUAUGGUUUACCUACUAAACACAGCGACACAAAGCAUUAUCGCUGUGUUAUAAUUUUGUUAUGCGUAAAUCACCUCUCUUUGUGAUUCUCUAUGCAAUUGUUUGAUUUCAUUUUGAGACCAAA